AAAAAACUGCUGUCGUGCUCCUGUGUAGGUUUACAACCUGGAAGCAGUUCAAUAGCACCGUUGCCGACGACCGCCACAGACCAAACCCUGCCUCGCGUUGCCUGCAGAGUGCAGCAGCGCAUGACGAGGAAAUAGACGGCAACAAAAUUGCCUUGCCUACUGCCUGCAAAAACUAGGAGAACGCCUGACCUCUUCCCCCCUUGACCUGAAGAGCGCGCCGCAACGCCGGGUGCCCCUCGUCGCCGCCAUGUUCAUCUGCCGGGGCUGCCUUCGCAGCCUCGCAAGCUUAGGCGCGGCUCCUGCCAGCUCGCGACUGCUCAAUUCUUUACCGAAUAGGACCCCGGGCCUGCUCUCCAGCCGGAGGACCUACGUGGCCGGGGAAGGGAUCCAGAUCGACGUGCGCAGCGCUCUGGCGGCGGCCGACCGCAGCAAGCCCAAUGACGAGGCGGCCCCAUCCAAGAAGGGAAGAUCCUCAGGCGACCGGAUGCUCGAGGAUGACGGGGAACAAAUGGAAUACGAGCACGCGCAGGCCCUGUCGGACAACGAGCCAGGAAGGCGCAAGUACUUGCGCAAACUGGAAACGACCGUCAAGAAACACCUCGAGCACUUCACGGACCCCUAUCACAUUGCCCAACAUGUCAGCAGAGUGCUCCAGAAGGGCAGCUUUGACGAAGCUCUCCUGAUGACGCGCAUGGCCAGCCGCAACAAGAAGGUCGAGGUCAGCUGGAACCAUCUGAUCGACUACCAGAUGAAGAACCAUCGUCUCCAUGCCGCCGUGAAGCUGUACAAUGAGAUGAAGAAGCGGGGGCAGAUACCCAAUGCAAAGACGUACACCAUCAUCUUCCGCGGAUGUGCUGCUUCCAUCCACCCAAAGCUCGCCGUGUCGGAAGCCACCAGGAUCUAUAACUUCAUGAUCAAGCACGCCGCCCUCAGGCCGAAUACGAUCCAUAUGAACGCCGUGCUCGAGGUCUGCGCACGUGCUGGUGACCUCGAAAGCCUCUUCACCGUCCUUGCCACCUGCAACGAGGGUUUGCGCGCUCCUGACGCCUACACUUAUACCAUCGUCUUGAACGCCCUCAGGCACGACUCGGAGGCCGCGAAGAAGAGGGGCUUGGGCCUCGUCGACGCCGAAGUCAAGCGAGAGAUGCAGAAAAACAUUCACAGGGGAAGGGCCAUCUGGGUCGAUGUGAUUGCGAACUGGAGAAGUGCCAGGACCAUUAUUGAUGCAGACCUAGUAUUCGCUAUGGCAAGACUGCUUACGACGGGAGACUACCAAGACAACGAGAGCGUCCUGGACCUGUUAUGGCAGACCAUGAAGAUCCCGAGGCUCGACCAACCCAAAGCAAAGCUCCCGCCAGCCGCUGCCGAUUCCGGGAGGACGCUCGAAGAUGCUGCCGCCGACGCCAGCCCCCCGGCCCCCUCCGCUGAAGAAGCGCCUGACACUAAGGACAUGUCGGCCAGAGAUCGAAAGCAGCUGGCGCAGACGAGGGCACAGAAGACGCCGCUGUACGCGAAACCGGACUCCAAAACGCUGGCCGUCGCGCUCACCGCGCUCGGCAACACGCGCAAGACGUCGCACGCGGUGAAGUACUGGGACUACUUCACCAAGACGCUCGGCGUCCGGCCCGACGCCGAGACCUACUACUGCUACCAGCGCACGCUGGCCAUCGGCCACGCGAGCGCGCAGAUGGCCGCGCUGGUCGAGGCGAUGCCCCCCGAGAUCGUCACCUCCAUCACCUUCCGGCGGGCCCUGCGCACCUGCAUCGACGACAACCUCAACCACGACGCCUUCAAGCACGCCUGCCGCAUCUUCGACCUGCUCGUCGCCCGCCAGCGCUACCCGGACCCGCUGUCGGUGCGCCUCUUCCUGCACGCGGCGCGCGCCAACACGCGGCACUUCCUGCCGGCGCCGGAGCCGCCCAAGGACGCCACAGACGCAGCCGCAGCCGCAUACGCCGAGGAGGAGGAGAAGAAGAAGGAGGCGCUGGGGCGGCAGCUGGUGACGGCGGUCGACCGCGUGUGGGAGCCGCUGCGGAUCCUGUCGGGAUCGCUGUCGUACCCGGAGGAGCCGGCGCGGUCGCCGGCGGAGGAGCUGUCGCGGCAGCGCGGCGACAUGCAGGAGAUCAUGGCGACGGCGCGCCGUACCAUCUCGGCCAUCGACAAGGUCGUCAACAACGGCCUGGCCGACCGCGCCACCACCAAGCUGCUGCGGACCCGGCGCGCCAUCCUGCAGCGCCAGGUCGAGCGCUGGAUUCUCAAGCUGUACCCGCAUGGCGAGCCGAAGGAUGAGCGAGCUAGCUUGAAAAAGGAUAUGCAGGAUGCCGGGUUUGACAGGCGCGACUCCGACUCCAGUUCGGCUCGCCGCGCGGUGUGAUGUUUUGUACUAUCUACUUGAGGCGUUUAGACCGGGCUGUGAAGGGCUUGUACGCCGCAACUUGUACACUAUUUUCGCUUUAGACGUACCUAUGCAUGUACAAUAUGAUAUGGUGGUG